GAACGGCCCGAUCGCUUACGAAACGAGACGGUCGUCUGUGGAAAACGCAGCGAAGGGUCUGUGGUGGCGGUUAAACGCAAGGAGGAGAGAGAUGGACGACGACAGGAUCCUAGAGAGAGAGAGGCUACAGAUCGAGCUGAUUCGCGAGCUUGAUUUCGAGGAGCUGCAGGUGGAGGAAGUCGAAGAAGAUUCUCCAGAUUACGACGAAGACGAUCUCGCUGCAUUUCGGGUCACCUCCCACACUCGUCUUUCUGAUAAUCUCGGUGCUGAUGAACUUAUUUUCAAUCCAGAUGUUGCUUCUCUACACACCUAUCUUGGCGAGGUUGAAGACACUCCAAACAGAAUUGCUUCUGUGGAUGGAGGCACCGUUUUGAAGCUCCCCCUUUUCUAUCUUGAAGGAGUGGUUCUAUUUCCAGAGUCUACACUUCCCCUUAGGAUUAUCCAGUCUAGCUUCUUGGCUGCUGUUGAGAGAGCUUUGAACCAAACUAAUGCUCCAUGUACUAUAGGUGUGAUUCGUGUUUACAGAGAAGGUCAUCAGUUCAAGUACGCCACUGUUGGUACAACCGCAGAGAUACGACAAUACCGUCGACUCAGUGACGGCUCAUUCAAUGUUAUUACUCGUGGACAACAACGGUUUCGUUUAAAGCGUCGCUGGACUGACGUUGAAGGAUUCCCUUGCGGAGAGGUUCAUAUUGUUGACGAAGAUGUGCCCUUGAGGACUCCCAGGGAUGCGUUUGGGAAGCUGGUUCCAGUAAGCAACCUGCGAGGUCGCUGUGACUCGAGUAAAAUGUCUACAUUUACACCUCACAGAGAUACGGACGAACAGUCGGUAGCAAAUUCCGAAGAAAGUUUUGAGGGUAGUCUUACUCUGUCAGAGAAAAGACUUCACUAUUCAGCAGUUGACUCACUUAUGGAUGGCUGGACGAGUAGUGAUGAUGAUCAAGUAGUCAGCACAUCUAAUAUCCAAUCUAGUGCAGCUCAUUCGUACAGCUCUAGGUCCAUUGGAUGUUCUGGGCAAGAUGACAAAAAUGAAUCUGGAAAUGGCAAGAGUCCUGUUUCACAAGGGAAAGGUCAAAAGCAUUAUAGGCUCACAAGUUUCCGGGAAAAGACUGAUCUAAAUAGAUUCCGUAUGGCCCCAAGAGCGUUUUGGCCACACUGGGUGUAUCGGACGUACGACUCAUAUCAUCUUGCUCAAAGAGCAGCUGAUCUCUGGAAGCAGAUCGUUGGGGUUCCAAACAUGGAGGCUGUAGUGAAUAAACCAGAUAUUUUGUCCUUUUUCAUCGCUAGUAAAAUUCCCGUCUCUGAGUCAAUUAGACAAGAGCUCUUGGAGAUUGACGGAGUCUCUUACAGAUUGCAGCGAGAAAUAGAAUUGCUCGAGAGCUUUGAUCUUGUUCGAUGUAAACACUGCCAGACUGUUAUAGCAAGAAGAAGUGACAUGUUGGUUAUGUCUAGUGAUGGUCCUCUAGGUGCCUAUGUAAACCCACAUGGCUAUGUGCAUGAGAUAAUGACCUUUUACAAAGCAAAUGACAUAGCGCUUAGAGGUAGACCAGUUCUAAAAGACAGCUGGUUUCCUGGGUACGCAUGGACGAUUGCAAACUGUGCAACGUGUGAAACCCAGCUGGGUUGGCUUUUCACUGCGGCAAACAAGAAGUUGAAGCCAUCGUCUUUCUGGGCAGUUCGGAGUUCACAGGUUGCAGAUGACAUGCGCUGAAAAAGUAUUACAUCACGCCUUUAUACCAAAUUACCAUAUAAAAAGGUUUCUCCACCUUAAACUUCCCCAAACUGGUACUCUGCAUCCUAGACUCCUAGUAUCCUGAUUAACAUUACAGAAUAGCUUGUGAACGCAGUAAGCGGACUAUAGUACAGAUCCUAUGUCGUAACAAACAGCGCGAGGAUUUGAUGUUUUCAUCAAUAGGCAUAAAUACAAUAUAUCUAUAUGUAUACACAUGAAAGCAAGACGUUACAAAGUUCUAAUAAAUUCGGUUAAUGCUCUUAA